AUGUUCGAGGCGCUGGGCCCGUACUGCUACGCGCUGUUCACGCGAGUGCUGGGCUGGCAGCGUCCGGAGAUCGAGGCGCUGGUGGCCGGUAUGCGAAAUGAACUGCGCGACCUGUCGAACCAUCUGUACUCGAACGUGCAUAUUGUGUAUGGACAGCGACCGCCGCAGACGUCGUGA